UGUAAUUGAUAAGUUAACUACAAUACAAAAUGAAGUCAUGAAUAAUACACUUGGACCUGACCCAGUUGGAGCGCUAAAUACAACCACAUGUAUAUUAUGGCUACAUGAUGUGAAAAAACUCCUUAUCUAUUCACCCAGUGAAAAUCAUGAUCAUCACAAAACCAACAAACAACCUAUUGUGGAUGAGGAAUUUUGGGAAUGGCUAAAUGUAGUGAUGAAAAUGGAAAAUGACUACGAUGCCAUGAAAGGUAAAGUGAAUGAUCCGACCGACUACGGUUCAAAAAUGGGAUGGAACUAG